CUUGGGGUCUGUCGGCUGACGUCACGCGUCUCCGCGUUCGGCGGGGUGACGUCACACCGCCGAACCUUUUAUGCCCCAUUGUGACCACAAUGUGGUAUAAAAGGUUCGGCGGGGUGACAAUAGGUUAUAAAAGGAGCUGUCAGUUUGGUUUGGGUCAUUUGUGUGUUUGUCUCUGGAGAGGAAGUUUCUCUGAGAGUGGAAAAGAGAAUAAGAGCAUGAAGAUGGACAAUCAAACAAUAACAAAGGAUGAAUUCAAUAAAGUUCUGACAAGAAUCUCUGGCUGUGUGGAAGGCGGCGUGAAGGAAGUGUUUGAUCCAACCUUCCAGUGGAGCAUGGAGCAGAGCCUCUCCUCUACAAGGUCUUCAGAGAUCAUCUCCAGCAGCCCCCAUGGAGUGGAGCGCGGAGAGAUACUCACUUCUCCAUCAGAGAGAAGCUCCCACAGCCAGAGACCUGCUUCAGAGAUCACCAGCUGCAGCUUCUCCAUUGGAAGCGCCUGCUCUCUGGAUUUAAUGGCCACGUCACCCUUCAGGACCGGCAUGAAAUCCUGGCUGGAUGAAACCAGCAAACCAGUGGAGGACCUGAGGCGUGACUUAAAAAGCUUGACCAUGGUGGAAGUGAGCACAUCGCCCCUUAGUGAGCCUCUCAGAGACUGGGUUGGCAUCACGAAGGACAGCAUUUUCAAAAAUGUGCACUCAGAGGUCACUCGUUCCAUGCGUAACAUCGCUUUUCCAAGUAUGAUGAGGUUCCUGAAUAGAAAAACAACGUUCAACCUCACAAACAGUAUUUUGGAUCAUUCGCUAAGAAAGAUAAACUCCACCCUUGCUGAGCUGCAUCAUGACGCUGAGUCCCAUCAGGAACCACUGUUCCCUGGAAGCACCAGCAAGGAAGCUGCCCGAAAGCUGCUGUCUGCAACGUUCACCAAGAUGCAGGACGUUGUUCAGCUGUGCGCAGUGUCUGACUGGCUGAGUGAUUCUCAAGGCUCUCCUGUUGACGUCCAUGAAGAGCUGGAAGAAAUGCUGCCCCUCAUAACAGCCAAGGUUGUGGCGACUCUCUUUGAGAGCAUGCUGACCAUCUGCAGUGAGGGAACUCCUGCUAAAUCUGAAACUCCUCUCUUCAACUUCGUUCAGGCUGUGAAUGACAAAAUAAGGUCUGAUCUUUUCAAGGCAGCCUCUCUAAGACAGGCUCCCAGUGGAAGAAGUAGCAGCAUUGGGUGGAAAUCACCAUCUGAAUGCUCCUCUGAUGAGAGCCUGACUCGGCUGUGCUCCUACACCCCUCAUACAGGUGUAGAGACAGCACGCCUGAUCAGUUCAUCUCGGAGAUCCUGUCAGUCCAGCUGGACUCCUGGAGCUGGUAAAGCCGUCCACUGGCUGCAUGGAGAAAAAGAGGAGGUCACUGUAGUUCAGGACAUUCCCAUCAACCUGCUCACUUUAAUGGCCACUAAGAUCCCAGAGGUGAUGUCUUCUGUGAUCUUCAAGUCUCUUCAACUACAGGAGAGCCUCAGGCUGAAACCUUGCCGUGAAAGAAUCAUGGAGACCAUCAUCUGCCCCUGCGUUGAUGAGGAUUAUGAUCCCUCCACCAGUGAGAUGAAGGCUCAGCAGCUCUUCAGGAUCUCCUGCGAUGCUUUUCGGGUUGACGCCUCCAAGAUGGUCACCAGUGUCAUCAUGAAAGAGACUGAAGAGAUUGCCAAGGCAACACAAGCUAACAAAAGCAGCAACUUAAGUAGUGAGAGUCAGAAGCUAAGCACAUGUCCCACGUUCCAUAAGAAGCUGGAAUGCAGUGCAUUUGCUGCAGCCUGUGAUUUUGUACAUGCAGUGACGGGUCAGAUUAAGGUCAGCUUCGAGGAGGAGUUGAAAUUAGUUGAUCCUUUCACAGACACUGCUCUGUACACUGAACAAGUCCGGAUGGUGUCUGAAAAAGUUCUGAAGUCCACUCAGGCGACUCUGAAGGACAUUUUUGUUGGAAAUCUCUUCAUGAGAGCCCAAGCCACCAUGACAACCCUGGACGCUGCAGAUUUGAGUUAUGACCUCCUGUCAGCAUCAAAAACGGUGGUGAAGAACAUCAUUGAGAACAUCACUAAUAAGCUGUCACUGUUUUCAGUCCGAGGCUCUGUGGAGGCAGUAACAGGACUAUUCCUGCAGGCUUUGGAGGAUGAUCUGGAGCUCCUGUUCCUGUGGCAGCUCUCAAACUCCUGUAUCAGACAUCCAGAAGCCCUCAGUGACCUCAGUGUCUCAGACAUCUUUAAAAUAGUUGCUGAUGAGCUGAUCACCUGUGAAGCGUAUCAGCAGAAGGAGGCGUCUGUCCUGAAACUAGCGGACACAAAGUUCAUCCCGCAGUCCCACCAUGAGCGUGUACUGGACCUAGUAGAAGAUAUAAUGCUGGAGGGAUCAUCUGAUCUGGACAGAGGGAAGGAGACAAUGAGCGCCUCCGUUUUGGGACAUCAAAUCGGCAUGACAACCGAGGAAUCUGAGAAAAAACCACAGACAUCUAAGAAGCCAUUCAUGUUUCCGAAGAUCAAGAUUCCAAAACUCACAUUAAAGAAAUGGAGAAACAGGGUUGAACCCAUGACUGUUGUUUCUCAGGACGGUAUGCAGGAAAGAUCUGGUCCAACUGUAGAUGAUCCAUCGAAGUCCAAGGCCGCCAGCACAUCCACCUGCAUCCCUGUGCCAGCGAGAAAGAGCCUCUUCUCUAGAGUCAUCAAGGCCACCUCUAAAGUCUUCAGGAAGUAAAAAAUAGGCUUAAAGCUUAACUCCACCAAUUUUUCAAAAUUUCUACAUAAUUUAAUGGUUAAGAUGUAAAACUAAGUCAUUUAGAGCGGUUUGACGUGAAAUGCUCUGUUGGUCUGAAACUUACAGAGUCAGAAUUGUUCACAGUGGUGGUGACAGGAGCCAAACAUAUAAGGAUUUUAAUGCCUUUCAAAGCUCCCUCACAGAAGUGUAUUACAUCAAGUGGUUAUGAAUUCACUGCCUGAUGUUAUUUUGAUGACAUUAUUUGAUGAAAGUUAUGUGAUAUCAUACCAUGAUAUCAUGAUUCACGCCAAACCUCUCUGAAUGACUUUGUUUACGUUGCAAUGAUGGAAUUAUGCUAAAUGUUUUACACAUUGGUGGAAUUAACCUUUAAGUACACAAGCUGUUUUUGGAACUUGAGAAUUAAAAUAAAGAGAAAAGUCAUUUUAA